AUAUCUGCCACCGGGUCAUCAUCCUAGGCUGCCGGGUAGAAAUAAAAAUGCAGUAAACAUUCUAAUUGAGGCUAGAUUAAAUAGUUGUAUGUAGUUGUAGUUUUACUUAAGUCAGGUGCUUUGAUUGCCAAGAGGCGUAUUUGUACAAACAGGUUUGCUUUUAACGUCAGUUGUGAGCAGUUUGCCAAAAACAUGGCUCCAACGAUUCAGACACAAGCUCAACGAGAAGACGGCCACAGCAGGCCAUCCUCGCAUAGAACUGUUCCAGAGAGGUCAGGGGUGGUCUGUAGGGUAAAGUACUGCAACAGCCUGCCUGACAUCCCUUUUGACCCCAAAUUCAUCACAUAUCCAUUUGAUCAGCACAGGUUUGUACAGUAUAAAGCCACUUCUCUAGAGAAGCAGCACAAGCAUGAGCUCCUUACUGAGCCAGACCUUGGGGUCACCAUUGAUCUCAUCAACCCAGACACCUACCGCAUAGACCCCAACAUACUGUUGGAUCCUGCUGAUGAAAAACUGUUGGAAGAGGACAUCCAGGCGCCAUCCAGUUCUAAAAGAUCACAGCAGCAUGCCAAAGUGGUCCCGUGGAUGAGAAAGACAGAAUAUAUUUCUACAGAGUUCAACAGAUAUGGCGUUUCCAAUGAGAAAGUGGAAGUCAAGAUUGGUGUAUCUGUCAAACAGCAGUUUACAGAAGAAGAAAUCUACAAGGACAGAGACAGCCAGAUUUCUGCUAUUGAGAAGACAUUUGAGGAUGCACAGAAAUCGGUUACGCAGCACUACAGUAAACCCAGAGUUACUCCUGUGGAGGUACUACCUGUGUUCCCUGACUUCAAGAUGUGGAUCAACCCAUGUGCUCAGGUCAUCUUUGACUCCGAUCCUGCACCUAAAGACAUAUCAGGACCAGCAGGAGUGGAAAUGAUGUCUCAGGCCAUGAUCAGAGGUAUGAUGGAUGAGGAAGGAAAUCAGUUUGUGGCCUACUUCUUGCCCAAUGAAGAAACAAUUCGCAAGCGCAAGAGAGACUGCGAUGAGGGGAUGGAUUAUAUGCCUGAGGAUCUGUAUGAUUACAAGAUAGCCAGGGAGUACAACUGGAAUGUCAAGAACAAAGCCAGCAAGGGUUAUGAAGAGAACUACUUCUUUAUCUUCAGAGAUGGAGAUGGUGUUUACUACAAUGAGCUAGAGACAAGAGUGCGUCUGAGCAAGAGGAGAGCCAAGGCUGGAGCACAGUCCACCACAAACGCUGUGCUGGUGUGUAAGCACAGAGAUAUGAACGAGAAGGAGCUCGAAGCCCAGGAAGCUCGUAAAGCUCAGCUGGAGAACCAUGAGCCAGAAGAUGAAGAGGAAGACAUGGACAAGGACCUGCAGGACUCAGGUGAUGAGAAAGACAAGGGUAGUGAGAACAGUGAGGCAGAUAACUCCGGUAGUGAAUCUGAGAGGGAAGAUGAAGACCGGGAACAAAGGGGAGAAGACGACGACGAAGAGGAGGAGCACAGAGGGAAGCGGAGGAGGAAGGCAAGCGGCAGCGGAAGUGAAAGUGGCGAGGAGAGAACCAGAGAACUGCGGGACGAGGAAGAGAUCUUCGGCAGUGACGAUGACAGCGACGACAAUGAACCCAAGAACUCGGCCAGGAGCAGCGGGGAGGAGGGCAGCGGAAGCGAGGAUGAAGGAGGGAACAGAGGAGGCAGCAGGAGUCCCAGUGCUUCUCCAGCGCACAGCGACCGCAGCAGCGACCGCUCAGAGAGGGCUCAGAGUGGAAGUGGAAGUGAGAGAGGCUCAGAUUCCAGUGAUGCCAGUGACAGUGAAUAAGAUCUGUGGUCAGGACAGCAAGGUGAUGGCCACCUAUCUUAUCUGUAUGUUCAGCUCAGUCUCGGGCUGUAGUUUCUUAAUGAUUGCAAAAAUCAAAUGAAAUUUGUGUGCGAGAUGCUCAUUUGUUUGUGGACUCAGGGCAUCUUUCUUCAAUACAGUUUUUAUUUGUAGAUUAAAAUUGUGCACCAGUAGCUCUUUGUACACCAUUCCUCAGUUUUUUGUCAGAUAUUCAGUACAGGAUCAUGUAAAAACUGUCUUAGUUCUCUCUGCUUUUGACAUGUCUUUGUGUUAAGGCUCUGAAACUAAUAAUAAAAUGCCGGUGACAUUUUGUAAGAAACUCA